CCAGGACUCUCGGAGCUGCUGGAUCCUCGCUAACGGGACAAACUUGAGACUUUGGAGGUUCACGGACUCGUUUUGAUAAUUUUUAAACCUUUAACAUGCCGUCCGUUAAAACCGAAGAUCUCUGAAUUUAUUUCCGUGAGAGAAAAACCGGAAAAAUCCGCUUCAAAGAUGCUCGCGGUGAGUCUGAGUUCUCUGAUGUUCUGGUUCUGAUCUAAACCCAACAAAUGUCCAUUUCUGGGUCUGUUAAUGUGACACAAACUGGUCAGAAACUGUUAAAGCUAAAGUUUGUAUGUUUGGUUAAGACCUGAACUCUAAAUCUAAACUCUUCCUGACCAGAGAACUUAACUGACAGGGGCGGAUACAGGGUUUUCAGGGACCGAGGGCCCUAGAGGGGACUCUGGCUCAAACUGGGGGGCCCUGAAAGAUCCGGGCACAAACUUACACUACAGGCUGAACAGUUGGGAGUAACUUAAAGUUUUUGUUCACAAUACCUUUUAAAGAGUCCAGCAUGAGUUUGAUGUAUUUUAGGAUGUAUUUACUCCAUGAUCAGAUGUUGCUUUCAUGGAAAUUCACCAUUUUACUCCAUUUACCUUUAGAUUUACAUUGUAGUGUAAAUAUUAAAGUAAAUUAAUUGAUGGUUUAAUGAUCGAUCUGUUGAGAUGGUUGGAGUUCAGACUUGAUUAAGGACUCGUGGACUCUGUGUAGUCCUCUCUGCAGGUGGUCCAGGUGUUCCAGGAGAGGGAGGAGUGGAUGGGGUUGGAGGAGGAGGUGGUGAUGGUGGAGAGGAGGGAGGUGGGCUGUCAGAGCGACUCAGUGGAGAUCAGGGACGCCGGCGUCCAGGUGGACCUGCUGACUCAGCAGCUGCUCGGCAUGACGUGGCGAUGCGUCGCCGUCAGACCGGGCGAACCAGGAGGGGGCGCUCUGCUGCAGCACUGCAGCACAUGUGGGACGCGCGCACAGACCCUCCCCAACAUCCUGCUACCUCUGUGGGGACCAGCUGACACCACAGACCACCAACAGGCCGCCACAUUACCCAGCAUGCCUCUUUGUGAGCCGUUGGCAUUACUGCCUCCAGCAGACGCAACAGCUGCGCCCCCUCCUGGGCUUAUCGCUCCUCUGAGCCCCCGCCUGGCUGAGGAGGAGGAGGAGGAGGAGGAGGAUGAAGCCUCCUCAAAAGCGGAGAUCAGUGAGUAUCAGAGAUUCAGCAAACUGCAGAUUUCACAUCUGUUGGCCCACUGCAUUCUGGGUAAACGCAACUUUUUGUGUGACGUGACUUCUGCAAAGAUUUGAGAUGUUUCCCCGCCCCUUCGUCUUCUUCAGGUGGUCACACGCCGUCCAAAGUAACAGAAGAGAAGAGGAGGAGGGGGGAGAGGAGGUGCCAGCAGAGCGAGGGCGGAGCUGAACAAGGUCAGUCCAAACCCAGCAGCCCCGCCCACCGUCAGAGGAGGAGGAGAAAGAGGAAUUGGGAAAAGAUGAACCAAUCAGAAUCCAGGAGAAGAAUAAAGGUCAAGACUCAGCGACCUCGGCGGAGGAGAAACAUCCAAACAGGUUGUUUCUCCUCGGCCAGGGGAGGAGACACCACGGAGGCUGAGGGAGCGGAGGAGAAAGCCGUGUUGGAGGAGGAGAAGAUGGAUGACAGGAGGAGGAGUCAGAGGUUAGAGAAAAAAGAGGUGAUGGAGAAAAGGAGGAGGAGGAGGAGGAAGGAGGAGACGGAGGGAGGGACACCUGUGAAAAUGAAAUCAGAGUUCACCGAGAGGCCGAGGAGGAAGGCGGUUGGUCCGCCAAUCAGGUACCUGCUGGAGUACGAAGGGUGGUCACAAGGAGUCAGCAAAGGUCGAGGCGCAGAGGAGGCGGAGGAGGAGGAGCCAAGAGAGAGGAGCAACAGGAGGCGAAAGAGGGGCGGAGGAAACCUGCUCCAUCAGGUAAGAGCGCAGAAACAUCGAGGUGAGAGAGUUUGACUGAAUAACACACCUGUCCGUCUGUCCGUCUGCAGCUCCACCUGUCCAAUCACAGAGCAGGAGGUCGGCGGAGAGGAGCCACGGUCCGCCAUUGGACGAGACGGAAAAGGCGUGUGCAGAAGAACGCUCGAAGGUGGGUCAUCCUCUCAACCAUGAAGAGGAGCGGGAGGAGGCGGAGCUUGGAGAACAACAAACUGACCAUGAGACUCAAGGGGAGGAGCAGAAAAGAGGAGGAGCAUGAGAAGGAGAGAGGAGGAGGGGUUUUGUUACAGAGGCCGAGGAGGACGAUGGUGGGUCCACCAAUCAGAUACCUCCUGGAGUCUGAGGUCCAAUCACGAGGUCGAGACGCUGAAGGGGUUCCAAAACCACAGAGGAGGACGGAGGCUGGGGGCGGGGCUUCAGAUGACUCUGAGAGUACAGCGCAGACAGGACCGACCAAUCCAGACGGACCCAAACGGAAGAGAGGAAGACCAAAAAUGGUCAGAGGGGGCGGGGCUUCAGGGAUGACUGACGCAGAGAAGAAGAAGAAGACGGACUUACCUCAGAGGCUGAGGAGGACCAUGGUGGGCCCACCAAUCAGAUACCUGCUGGAGUCAGAGCGCUGGUCACAUGGUAACGUGGCGGUCAAAGCAGAGGGAAGUGAUUGGGAAUUAAAACCACAGAAGAAGAGUGACAUUGGGGGUGGAGCUUUGGUGGACGCAGCGAUGAUUGACAGGUCUGAGGACACAGAGAGCAAAGGGACGCAGACAGGUAAGACAGAAUCAACCAAUGAGGAUGGAGCUCAUGGAAGACCAGAGAAGACUGCAGGAGGACAGACAGGUGAGGGUCAGAGGAGGAGGAGGAGGAGGAGCGGGGAGGAGGUGAGAGAGGGAGGAGGCGGGGAAAAGAGGAGGAGAAGAGAGGCAGGGAGGAAAGUGGACGAGGAUAAAAAAGAGCCGCCGCCGCCUCAGAGGCCGAAGAGGACGAUGGUUGGUCCACCAAUCAGAUACCUCCUGGAGUCAGAGGAGCUGUCACUCAGUCGAGAAGCAACCAAUCAGGGAUCUCGGUGCGUGAACAAACCGCAGAGGAAAAAUGAAGGUGAGGGCGGGGCUUUGGAUGACACAGUGAUGAUUGACAGGUCUGAAAACACAGACUAUGAAAAAGGAAGACCAAAAAAGGUCAGAGGUGACAGUGAGGCUGGGGGCGGAGCUUCAGGGAUGAUUGACAGGUCGAAGGCUGCAGAGAGACAGACAGACUCGUACUUACAGACCGCCCUGACCUACUUCGACCCUCAGAACGGACAGGUGACCGUCCUCGCCCCCUGCUGUGUCAGACUGCAGCUUCUCCCCUGAUUUGCUCUUUAUAAACAGGUGAGACAGGAUACAGGUGAUGGGAGUUUGCUGCCUCCUAGUGGACACUUGAGUCAUUGUGGUGAAACUGUAAUUCUGACUUCAGAUUCUUUCUCUCACAUUGUUGAUGAAAGGUUUCUCUUGUUUCACAGCAGCAUUUACAUUCAAAAAGGUCAAAAAUCAUUUAAAUUUGAAAAAAUUAACAUUUAGAUUAAAAAAAUUCUCCAAAUAAAAUAAACGAAAUGUUGAAAACAGGACAUGAAGAUGUGUCUGAGAUUUCCAGAGCGUCACAGUUUCAUCCUUGUUUUCCUCAGCGUCUUCCUAACCUUUAGUUUAGAUUUGGAUUGUAUGAUAACAUUAAUGUGAGACACAUUUCAUUGACUCCUCUGGUGUCUCUUUGUCCAGUUCAUGGAUUUCUGUUAAAGGACAGGAAUGAAAACCUGUUUAUAAAUAUUGUUUGUACCUCAGAGUCUUCCUGUUGGUUUCUUUCUCUACCUGCAAAUAUGUAAUAAUUAAAGACUGUGUCUGUUUUAUAAUAUAAACUGUAAACAGCUGUCUGACUUACACUGACUUUUGUUCAUGUUACUCAUUCCAUGAAUGAUUUCAGCACACUCGAAGAUUUUAUUAUCAAUAAAUCAAGUUAAACCACACGACUGCUCAUAUUUAUUUAACACUGAACAGAUUUAAUGAAACGACUUUAAAAUAAUUAUUCCUUAUUUUUGAUUCAUGUUUCUGCUUUUGUUUGAAGUUGUUUUAUUCAAACUGAAGCAGCAGAAAAUUAUUUAAAACAACUUCAGAAAUAGCUAAAUGUACUCUCAUUGCAAUAUUAACUAGAGUCAAUGAUGUUUACAUAAAAAAAAAAAAAAAGAAAUCUGUGCGCGUCCU